AAAGUGGUUUAAACAUAUCGACAUGAAGAUUUUUAUAUGUUUAUUUGUGGUAGCAGUUACCACUUGCAAGGCCAGCUACGAAUCAGGGCACGAUAAUGGCGGAGGAAACGGAUUGGAUAAUGGCGGAUAUCAAUACUCUGCGCCAUCUGGUGGGCAAGCAUUAGAAGAACAAGGCCAUGGAUAUCAUGGACAAAAUGAUUACACACUUGCUCUAACCCAUGACCAAAAUCAUGGCCAGAAUUUAGAUCUUGGUCAUGGUCAACAAAAUUUUGAUGUGGGACAUGGUCAACAAAAUUUUGAUCUGGGACAUGCUCAACAAAAUUUUGAUCUGGGACAUGCUCAACAAAAUUUUGAUCUGGGACAUGGACCAGUCUUGAAUAAUUUCGCUGGUGAUUCUUACCUUCAAGCUGCACAUGAUUUAGGAAACCAACAUUUUGAUGGUCACCAAGAAGUUAGUGGUCCACAAGGUGGACAGUACGAUCAUGGAGAUGGGGGUCAAGGUGGACACGGACAAGGCUUUGUUUUAGAAGAUGGAGGCCACGACUUUGGAGAUGGUUAUAACUUCGGAAAUGUAGAAGCUUCUCCAGUCGGCGAGCAUAUUGACGAAGAGCACCCAGUCGAAGUUCCAAAUUAUAAACACGUGACUGUGCCUAUUCAUAAACCAUUACAUAUUAACGUUCCUAAACCGAUUCUAAUUGGAAUACCUCACCCAUAUCCAGUUAAAGUACCCGUUCACAAGCCAGUCGCUGUACCUGUAGAAACAGAGAUAUCAAUUCCUAUCGAAAAGGUCGUACCAUACCCCGUCAUAAAACAUAUUCCAUACCCAGUUGAAAAACAUGUACCAAUCAGAAUAGAAAAGACAGUCCAUGUGCAUGUACCACAACCAUACCCAGUCAAAAUCCCCGUUUACAAAACAAUUCAUCAUCAUAAGAGUCAUCAUUGACUUUGAUGAAUGCUUCAGCUGUGCCUUGUACAUAUUUUAAUUGUAAGUCAUUUUCAACUUAAUCUGUUGUAGUUGAUUUAUUUAUUUGUUGAUUGUUUGUUGUUGAUUGUUAUAUUGUGUCAUUAAAUGUUGUUAUUGUUUUA